AGGUUGUUGAGGCAAACCUGCAGCUGCGGCCCACUGAACCUCACCGUGACACUUCAGCUGUCAGUCUGCCUCCCAAUGCUGGUGAGCUGAACAGAGCCUGGUGCGAUGAUCAGGUUCAGUCUCCAGACCCGUUCAGCUCCCAGUCUGAGGUACUGUACAGUGCUGAGGAAUUCUCUCAUUUUAAUGAUACUGAGGACCAUCUCACUGGAACUCAGGUAAGGGCUAAUUCAUUGUGGAAUUACAAAAUGUUGUUAACUGCAGUGACUAAUUUUGUGUUUGUGUGUAUUAAGGUCGAUGAGGCCGUACGAUGAGCUGCUGCCCACCGCAUCUCACGAUGACCCUUCACCUUUCGUUCUGAUAAGCAAACUAUUCAUUUAUUUACUAAACCCAAUCACUGCAGUUUACAAGGUUGUGGGGUGGUUUUUGGUUAAGGAAAGCGACAGAACGUUAGACGUGUUAGUAUGAAACUGCCAUGAGAAGAAGCACUUAUGAUCUUUAUGCUCUACUUUUUACAGCCUCUCACCGCUGGAAUACUGGACCUCGCCUGGAAGAACAUUCAGUUCCUCUCUGCUGACUACUUCUGCUCCCAGUCUUGGUCAGUGGAAAUGAAGACCUACUUCCUCAGGAUGAUAAGGGGUCCGGAGAGUGUGGUCUGCUGGUUUAAUACCACCAAGACCUGCUUCUUGAACCACAUGGGAAUCCCUUAUGAUGCCUGUGUUGAGGACUCUUUCACUGGCAUUAAGAGCGUAUCUGGGAGGGUUACAGAAUACAUCUGCUGUAACCUCAUGGAAUCAUCCGUCAUUGUGGCACUGCAGGAUUUUGUGCACCUCUUUAAAAAGGUGACCUGCACAUACCUGCAUGUGUUUGAAGAUGGGCAGGUGGACACCGCCACUUGGGCAACGCGAGAUGUUUGCUCUCCUCACAAUUCACAGAGCAACUCUGAGGAUUGUGAGGAGAGAUUUAGCCCAGAGGAGAUGGAGGUGCCCUUUAUUAGCUGCCUACUAUCGGACAGAGAGGUGACUGAUAUCGGCUUGAAGCUGCCUGCUCUCCGCCAGGCGUCUGAUACUGUGUUAGACUGCAUGCUUAAUCUGAACUUCCUGUUUCUGACCGGAAAGAAGAUUGUAAUGCAGCUGGCAGCAGCUAACAACCAGAACCCAGUUCCCGUACGGUUGGCCUACGAGGCGCUGAUUCGGUUCCUGAGGACAUCGUCUAACCAGGAAUCGACUGCAGCAGAGCUCUCCGGGGCCGGGCUUCAUCAUUUCAACUUUUUGGAUGUGUUCUACGAACUGCUCAUCGUCGGCUACUACGGGAACGGCUUUGUACCUGAAACAAGUGAGGGAGGAUUCUUACAGCGGCUGAUGGAACUUGUCAGCAUGUGGGACCUGGAUGUGUGGGAGCCUGCAGCGGAGCUGUAUUUUACAGUGCUUAUUGAUCAGCUGACAGAACUUCUAGAAGUUCUGUUUUCUCAGCCCCUGGAGCUGACCCAGAAGCCUUGGCCACUGCAGUUACACGAACCAUCAAGCAGCAUGUCCAGCUGAUGAUGAACACUUUGGAGAAGCUAUGAGCUAUGUAGUCCCUUAACCCUACACCUCCCCAUUCCCUGCCAUCCCUCACCCCAAACACACACACACACAACAAAGUAAUAAUGUUUUUAAUACUGGCCACAGCAUAGUUUUAAGUCAUUAUACGCUCACCAUCCACUAAUAAGAACAUCUGUAAACCUGCCCAUUUAUGCAUUUAUUGUACAGGUGUUCCUAUUAAAGUGGACAGUGAGUGUAAGUUAUACUUAAGUUAAUUCCCUUUUCAUCCAUCCAUCACAUUUCAUACUUCUUUCCAUUAUUAACCCCACAUUUACCCCACAUAGCUCAAGCUCUCCACAGGUAGGUAUAAAUACAUUUUGUUAUGUUUUACCUACCACUGUAUAUAAAUCUCUCUUCUUGUCUGUCUUAACAGGUCUGCAAGAGUUAAGGGCAUCAUCUUUAGCCUGUGUAGAGUUUUUCUGUUUCCCUUUAUCAAUCCCACUACCCCAAUUACCCCCUCAUCCCCCUAUGUAGAAUGUAGACACUGUACCCUGUAGAUCAUCUGUAA